AUGUCGCUGCCCGACCUGCUGGCGCACGCUGACGCCUGCACCUACGCCCUGCGCCUCGACGUGGCCAGGCUCGACGUCGAGGCCGAUAGGUCCCGGGUGGAGCUCACCACCGGGCACCGGUGCCUGGAGGAGCACGCCGCGCGCCGGUUCACGCCGGCCAACUUCUACCUCCUGCGGGAGGAGAUCAUGAUGAUCGACGGCUUCGAGGUUGUGAAGACGCUGGCCAGGGGCCACCCCAUAUUCGGCAAGAAGGUCUACGUGGUGGGGUUCAAGCAGCGCUGGGGCGUCUUCUUCUACGUCGAGUGCUCCGGCGACGCCGUCAAGUGCAGCUGCCGGAAGAUGGAGCGCGAGGGCCUCCCCUGCCGGCACAUCUUUUGCAUGUUGCGCCACAAUAACUUGUCGCGGAUACCGGACUGCUGCGCACUGAGACGGAUGCGGAGACGAGGCGAUACCAAGGCCGAGAGGCUUGAUGAGAUGAAGGAGCUUGGACAUCAGGUGUUCGACCUGGCGUCGGAGGACGCCCAAGAGUUCCAGGAGAUCAAGGAGUUCUUGGAAGGCUGGCUGGAGCAUAGGCGCUCUGGUGCCGUUGCUGUAGGGGACAACAAUGCUGCAGAUGGGGAUAGUGUCCCGCCGAUGACCAAGAAGACCAAAUUGAUCAAGGACUGA